AUGGAUAGCAAAUCUUUGGAAAUAAUAGCACAGUUUAAGGACGCUCUCAUUACGAGAAACAAGCUAGGUCCAGACGGCGUUUCCACAAAUUCAUCGACAAAAACUGCAACAACGUUUGAAGCCAACGACACGCUUCCUAUAUAUAAUCGUGGUCUCAAGCUACUUUUCCAACAUCCAUCAUUAGACAGUCUUAAUAGUAAAGCAGUAGAGUAUAAUGGUGAUAAAUAUACUGUGUUGACUAAUCAUUCAAUAGAACGUGGUAAUAUGAGAAACAAAAGAAAGUGGAGUGAGUUUUACAAUGACAGCAACGACAAUAACAACGGCGUGGAUGGAGAUGAUGCUGAAUGGUCUGAUGAUGAUGAAUAUGGCGAUGAAGAUCGAAUCCACCCGUUGAAACAAUCACGCAUAAUUGAAUUGUUAUCACCAAUCAACCAUCCACUGGAGCUCGUUACCCAUCCAGCCAUAUCCAAAACCUACCAACUGAAAACAUUGAAUAAAUUAGCCAUGGAGCUAAUCGAAUUGAUUGAAUUCGAACAAAACAAUUUAAAUUGGUUAAACAAGUUGCUUCAAGUGUUGAAUGGUGAAGAUUGGUUUUACUUGUUGGAAGAAAACAUUGGAUUAAAAGAUUACGAUCAUGGGCUAGAUGAAGAUAAAAAGAAAUCGAUUGCCAAGAAAAGGGAAAAGGCGAAAUCAAUCAUAAGUCAAGACCCUAACACGUCAAACGACUACAAGAGUGAGGAAGAAGAGCAAGCUGACCCCUUUUUUGCAUUACCUACCGCAGUGAAACGUUUUGAAACGUUUCAGGAUCAGUUAGAUGCUAAAGAUGAAACAGGCGUAAAAGAGGAGCUUAUCAAUUAUUUACAAGUCAGUAUACAGAGACAACACGAGUAUAUUGAAAACCUUACCCAGUUGAGAAAUGGUAUGGUGCGGGCAGAUCGAUUAAAGAAUGAUCUUUACAAAUGGGGGCAAGAAAUGCACGAUAAAAAGAGCUCGUGA